AUGUAUUCUCCCAAGGCCACCUUCGCCCUUCUCUCCCUCCUCUCCACCGCCUUUGCUCAGACUUUCACAUCAUGCAAUCCCUUGGAGCGGACAGACUGUCCACCCAACACCGCGCUAGGUGUCGCCAAUUACUCCAUCGAUUUCACCCAAUAUACCAUGUCAGAUAAGGUCUGGAAUGUCACAGCUGGCGGCAUCAAUUAUGGAGAUGAUGGCGCCGAGUUUACAAUCGCCCAGCGCGGCCAGUCCCCCACGGUCCAGACAAACUUUUACCUUUUCUUUGGCCAAGUCGAGGUGAUUAUGAAGGCUGCCAAGGGUCAAGGCAUAGUGUCUUCGAUGGUUUUGCAGUCAAUGGAUCUGGAUGAGGUGGAUUGGGAAUUCAUCGGAGGAAACAACUCAUACGUUGAGACCAACUUCUUCAGCAAGGGCAAUCAGACAGAUUACGGCAACGCCAUCUGGUAUCCCAUCAAUGAUCCUCAAAACGAGUGGCACAACUACACCUUGGAUUGGUCCAAGGAAAAGCUUGAUUGGAUCGUCGAUGGAAACAUCAUUCGCACUUUGACAUACGAUGAGGCCAACAACGGUCUCAAAUUCCCUCAGACUCCUUGCGACGUCAGACUCGGUAUUUGGGCCGGUGGUGAUCCUAAAAUGCCAAAGGGUACGAUUGAAUGGGCAGGUGGAGAGACCAACUACGAUGAUGUUCCCUUCACCAUGACCGUCAAGUCUGUCAGAGUGUCAGACGCCAGCAGAGGUACUCAGUACGUCUAUGGCGACACCUCUGGGAGCUGGCAGAGCAUCAAGAUUCUCAAUGACACUAAACCAAUCCAACUCGACGGCGAAAACAGCCAAUCCAGCACCCAAUCCAUAGAACAAAAGUGGAAUGGCCUGCCCCAGAAGACCAAGUACAUCAUCAUCGGCGUCGUCUGCGGUGUUAUCGCACUCUGCAUCCUCAUCUUCGCCUUCUGCUGCAUGCGCCAGCGCCGCGCCGGCAAGCACGAGAAACUCGUCGAAGAUGCCAAAUACGAAAAAAUCACGGCCGAGGUCAUGGCAUAUCGGGCUGAUAUGUCGAGAAUGCGGGCCGAGCAGAAGAUGAUGGGGACAAGCGUCCAUGUUAGCCCGGUGAGUCCGAUGAUGGGAAAUGCAGGAGCCACCAUCCAAAACUAUGGUCAUCCCUCGCCGAUGAUGGGUGGCACGCGGAGUCCGAAUCCUGGAUAUGGAUAUGCGAACAGCGGAUAUGCGAGAGGCUACCAGAAAUAUUGA